ACAGCCUUCCAGAAGUGGAAAGACAUUUUAACCCCUGUGCUUGUCAGUCCUCUCCUCCCGGGGCUCGGUGGAAGCAAUCCCCUGCUUCAGGUUAAGGGAAGAGCCCCGGGAUUACACCAGCCCCGAGGGGUGCCCUGUUUGGGACGUCUGAGCAAGAGGAAGGGUCCGGGAUUUGCCUUCGUGCUUGGAUUGCCAGAUCCAAAUAGCAGGCACAGCCUGCCAAGACGAUGACAGUCACUUAUUCCAGCAAAGUAGCAAAUGCCACUUUCUUUGGAUUUCACAGAUUACUCCUAAAGUGGAAAGGCAGCAUCUACAAAUUGCUGUACAGAGAAUUUAUUGUUUUUGCUACUCUUUACACAGCGAUAAGUGUAUUAUACAGAUUUUUUCUUACAGGAAGCCAAAAACGGUUCUUUGAAAAAUUAUCAAUUUACUGUGACAAAUAUGCUGAACAAAUCCCAGUAACUUUUGUGCUUGGUUUCUAUGUCACACUGGUGGUGAACCGGUGGUGGAACCAGUUUGUGAAUUUGCCAUGGCCAGACCGACUGAUGUUCUUGAUCUCCAGCUGUGUCCAGGGAAGAGAUGAAUACGGCCGCUUGCUCAGGAGGACUCUAAUGCGCUACGUGAAUUUAACUUCUCUGCUGAUCUUUCGCUCCGUGAGCACAGCCGUGUACAAAAGGUUUCCCACCAUGGACCAUGUGGUGGGUGCAGGUUUUAUGACAAGAUAUGAAAGAAAAAUAUUUGAUGACCUUAAGUCUCCCCACCUAAAAUACUGGGUUCCCUUUGUCUGGUUUGGAAAUUUGGCAUCGAAGGCACGGAAAGAGGGUAGAAUUCGAGACAGUGUGGAUCUGCAGACGCUAAUGAAUGAGAUGAAUAAGUACCGGUCCUGGUGUAGCCUUUUGUUUGGCUAUGACUGGGUUGGAAUUCCACUGGUCUAUACACAGGUUGUUACUCUUGCAGUCUAUACUUUUUUCUUUGCCUGCCUGAUAGGGCGCCAAUUUUUGGAUACUGACCAAGGGUAUCAGGGACAUGACUUAGAUCUUUACAUUCCAAUCUUCACACUGUUACAGUUCUUCUUCUACGCAGGAUGGCUCAAGGUCGCAGAGCAACUUAUUAAUCCAUUUGGAGAAGAUGAUGAUGAUUUUGAAACUAAUUGGUGCAUCGAUCGAAACUUACAGGUCUCGCUUCUGGCGGUGGAUGAGAUGCACAUGAACUUACCGAGGAUGGAGAAAGAUAUUUACUGGAAUGACUCUUCUGCCCGGCCGCCCUACACAAAAGCAGCUGCUGAUUACUGCAUUCCGUCAUUCCUUGGAUCGACUAUUGAAAUGGGGCUGGCUGACACCGAAUUCCUCUAUGGGGAAGAGUGGCCCUGGGAAGAGGAGAAACACCGAAGACAACAUUCAGUGCUGAGAAGAGUCAAGAGAUUUCUCAGCGUCCAUGAGAGUCCUUCAUCCCCUGCUCACCGGCGCUACAAUCGGCAGACGAGUGAGAAUUCGGUGUUUUUCCCAGCAGAUGAAAAGGGGCACAUCAGAAGGCUGCAAGAAAUGCACACAAGAGGGAGACAUUCUACCUCAAGCUUCAGGAAGAAACAUGAAGGAGCUGAAAGAAGUAACAGACUUCACAGUAGCAGAGAUCUAGGACCUAUAACUGAAACCUCGAGGAAUGAGACACAGUUCAAUGACAGUGACACCUCAUCUGAGACAAGCAAGCCAGUUCCCGAGGUCAUCAUCUCUGAAGUUGAGGAGAAAGCACCUGAUGUGCUGGGCAAACCAUCUCUGCAAACAGAGAGCACCCCAGGCAUGCCAGAAGAGAAGCUCCAAAGGAGCCUAACUGAGGCAGACGUGACUCUUCUGGACCUUCCUUUCUUCCCCCCAGAAAUGACCACAUACCUCCCAGACUCUGACAUGCAUCAGUCACUUCCUAGCGUGAUAGGGGAGCCCAAAUAUGAGCCCCAUAGUAGUAACAUAGCCGGUUUUGUAACAGAUCAUGAGGGAAACCUCCAGAGAUGGAGUUUACCGAGCUUCCAUAGUCCCAGUACAAUGUCAAAUGCUGACUCUGCACCUCCUGUAACAGAUCCUGGGACAACUUCACAGCAAAAGACCUUAAGUGAUGGAAAAAAUGUUACUUCUGCUGCUGCUCCAGAGACAUUUGAAAUGUACCACUUAUUGGGUAACCUGGACACAAAAGAAACAGCCAUAGUAGAAUUUUCUAAUGAGAAAAGUGAAAGAAAACUUUGACAGUGCUUCUUCUGGGUCUGGCUGAACUUCCUGUCUUUUCUUGAAAAUGGUACUCACACAGAUUUGUUGGAAAGUGCAGAAAGGCAGGCAUGCUGCUCAGACAAGUCCUGAGUAAGUUCCAAUAGAGGAUUUGGGCACCUAAACAGGAGGCACUGUGGUGACAUGCUUUAAGCCAUUUGGUCACUUGCUUCAAAUCUGUGACCCUGUGGGGAAAACACUUAUGGAAAGAACUGAGAGCCUCAGGAGUGGAUGUAAACCAGGCAGCACACACAGCAGUGAGAUGUAUAGGUUCACCUAGAGGAAACACUAAGGUAAAGAAAAGCAGAGGUGGCUUUGUACACUUUGGAUCCACCCUGAACACUGCCAUCUAAUCUGAUGGCCAUUCUUUCAGAUUUAAGCCUGUUAAUUAAUCCUUGCAAGAUCACCAACAGUUUUGAUUUCUAGUCAAGCAGCUGGAAGGGGAGGUGUGGGCUCAAUUCCCUCCUCAGCCUGGAGAGAUUCAGUCUAGUAUCUCCCACUGCCUGGAGGGAUGCUUGAAAAAUCAGGCUCCUUGUUUGUGGCUUGUGGGAGCAGGAGCCUGCUCUGCUCCUGCUGAAGCUAUGCCACUACAGAAUGGAGGGGGACAAAAAAAAAAAAAAAAAAGGAAAAAAGGAUUUAAUAUUUAACUUAAUUAAGAAAAAGAGAAGAUGUAGAGGAUGUAAAUCUUCUGAUGACUGGGCAUUGGAGCUUUGAGCCUUGGUUUCUGCUCCUUGGAGAAUGUAUGUAGCUUGCCCAGGGGCUGUAGCACUCUCUCAAGAGGUAGAGAGCUGCAGAGGCAACUGAUCUCAUUCCCCCACUCUUGUAGGGAUUUUUUGCUGGCAUAUAUAGGAAGGAUUUUCAGCAGCUAUGGAGAAAAUCUGGCUUCUUAUAUAACUCUGUCCUCACAGACCAUGAGCUUGAGGUACUGUUUUUCCCUCUGAAAGGGGAUUUAAGCCAGAAAUUAGAGAUGACUUUUCUACAAAUCCUCACAGAGGAUCUGGUCCCACCACACCUACUCAAUCUCCUCCUUCACACAGCUUCCACUAGGGUUAAAGUUGUGGGAGCAGAAUGCUCAUCCUCCCCAACCCAGACAUCAACGGGUUUUAUCUCAGCACACCUAGGCCUGCAAAAGCCUUCCCAGCUUCUCAUUGUCCAGCUCUGCUCAGCUUCCAUCAUUUUCCUCUUGGCCUGGCUGCUACCUAGGGUACACACUCAUGCUUUCAGCCAGGCCAUUAAGCAUGACAUGAGCAAUGAUUUUUCUGCUUCUCCCACUCAUUCUGCCAGCGCUCCCUGGCCCAGCAUCAGUGUCCAUUCUUCAAUGGAAGCCAAAGGAAGCUGUCCAGUAACCACCGAGAGGAUAAGCUUCAAUUAAGUCCCACAGAGGUGUCUAUUACACACAGAUGUAUGUUAAAUUAGGAACGACAGAUCUGAAGUCCCACAGUAUAUUCUGCAAUAAGCAAAUAACAUUUCACACACAGCAGGCCAGCUCCGGGUUAGCUAUAAUAUAAAUAUAAUAAAAAAGAACUACUGCUGGGCUGAGUUAUCAGAAAAAUUUCCCCUCAUUUAGUCUGUUAUCUCACUUUUGCAAACAUCUGCGGGUUCUGACUUGUAUUAAAUUGUCUUUUGGAAUUAAAUGCUCUUUUAGGCACUUCUUUGGUGAGCUAUUUGCCUUAGCAUGGUAAACGGACUAUUUUAUCUACCCCAACAAUUUACAAUUCACAUUCACUGGCAAUGUGAACAAUAUAGAAUUAUUGCAUGAAUAAAGAUAUUUUGAGAAA